AUGGCUACCGUCCCUUUUCUUAUUCUCCGUCUCCCAGAAUCUGCACUACAAAAGUCUCUGAAACAUAUGAGCCUAGCGGAACAUUUAUCUCUAUCAUUUCGUGUCGAACAACACUCAAAAACUCAUCACAUCGUUGUAUAG